UGUGCAGGUGUGGGACCCGCCAGUCCGUUCGCGAACCUGCUCUGUCACAUCACCGGCAUCGCUUCCCACCCACGGGUUUCCCCUGGCGGCCCUCGUCAAGUGGUGUUCUUCUGUGAGUGGCGACCAUGCAGCCAACACGGUGCUUGCUAAAGCGGUCGGUCUGGAAAGGGCCGCAUAUUGUUCCACUACCGAUCGUGCGGCCUGAGCCAGGAAAGAAGGUUGCGCCCAUCCGCACCCAGGCGAGAUCGGCAACCAUCCUGCCCAAUUUUGUUGGUCUCAAGUUCCAGGUGCACAAUGGCAAGGUUUAUCAUGAUGUGACCAUCACCGAGGAGAUGGUGGGCCACAAGCUCGGCGAGUUCUCUCCAACAAGGAAGACCUUCAUCUGGAACAAGAAAUAAGAAAGAGGCUGCUGUGCAGGCGUUGCGGCGCGCGGCCUCCUACUGCAACUGCGUCCCGGCUGGGUUGCAGGGGUUGGUGCUGGUGCUUUGAUGUACAUAUAGAUACAAAACGUGUGACAAUACGAGGUUGGGAAGUACUGGCUCGCUCCUAGGCCCGAGCUCGAGCGUAGGCAUGGGGCCCCGAGGCGCGUGUUGGUGUGGCGUUCACGGCCGAGUGCUGGAGACAAUGGCCAUCCUCCUGGACAGCCUGGCGUUAUGAGCAGGAUCUCGGAGAUGUGGUGAACAAUCACGAGCAUUUGAACGAGUCGCCAAUACUUUACUACCUUCCGCCAUGCUCGGGCCUAAACGCCAAAAGUCCUCCUCUAACGCCGUAGCUAUUCGCAAAUACAGGUAGGAAGGCCCCGGAAACCAUUGUGUCCCUUGGCUCUAGGCAACAGC